CGCGAUCUCCCAGCUCCGAAUGUUGUGAAUAAAAUGCGCCGUUUGUUACACCCCGGCGGCGCGGGCGGUUCUUAAAGGGCCAGAGACGUGGGGGCUCGGGCACACCUUUUGCCUUGCCCGGCUCUGCUGGGAACGUGGGAAUGGUCGCAGCGCCCUGGGAGCGUAGAGGAAAACAAAGAAGCCACCGGAAACAGCCAGGACAACUGUGGGGGGCGCGGGCACAGGGCCCAGAGCGGGCGCCCACGAGCAGCAACAAAAGGGGAUUAUUUAGGCUGCAGUUGCGUCCAGAGAAACGGAGAGAUCCCCAAGACCUGGCGUGCAGUUGUGUUUUGAGCCUGAGAUCCAGCCUCACCUUUUGCCUUGCCGACAUCCCCAAUGCGACCAUGGGAACUGGCAGUGAAUAGGUGGCCUCCUUCUGACCCCUUUGACCAGCGACGAUUCCCAGGGGGAAGCUGUGGCAGUCCAGCACACCUCAGGAGAAGCCCUCCUUCCCGGCACCACUGGGGCCGACGCGAGCGACCUCUGCAAACUCUCCUAGCCCAGGAUGAGAACUACUUGCACCCGGCUUUUUUCCAGCAGCAGCAGCCACAGCCACAAGUCCCCGUAGAUGAGCACCCGGCGUACGUUCUGGCCACCACGCCACCACGAAUGCUUCACCCGGCUGCACACCCACCCCACCAGCAUCCAUUCAUGGUGGAUCUCCAUGAGCAGGUGCAUCAGGGAGCUGUCCCUCUCUCCUACACGGUGACCACGGUAACAACGCAAGGCUUCCCCAUUCACACUGGCCAGCACAUUCCUGGUUGCAGCGCGCAGCAGCUCCCAGCAUGCUCAGUGAUGUUCAGUGGACAGCACUACCCACUCUGCUGCCUCCCACCCCCCGUGAGUCCAUUGGCAUGGGGAGAGCAGCACAGGCUGAUCCAGGCCUGUGCCAUGCAGCAGCUCCCUGUCUCCUACCAAACAUUCCCACCACUCAUUUCCAGCGAUCAUUACAUCCUGCACCCUCCACCGCCUGUGCCACCACACCAGCCUCCGCAUAUGGCUCCCCUCAGCCAGUUUGUCCCACUCCAGCCCCAGCAUCCUCGCAUGCCACUGCAAAGGAUAGAAAAUGAGGUGGAGCUUCGGGGUGAGCAACACUCCAUUGGAGGCUUCUCCUAUUCUCCUUCCCACCACACUCCUGCACUGUCUCCCUCUGUGCCAUUGCAUUAUCUUCCACAAACCCACGACCCACUGCACCAGGAACUGCCCUUUGGCGUGCCAUAUCCACACAUGAUGCCCCGGCGACUGAAUACCCAGCGAUACAGAUUGCAGCAGCCACUGCCACCCCCUCCCCCACCACCCCCACCGUACUACCCGAGCUUCCUACCAUACUUCCUUUCAAUGCUUCCUGUGUCACCAACAGCAGUGGGACCCACAAUAAGUUUGGACUUGGAUGUGGAUGAUGUAGAGAUGGAAAACUAUGAGGCAUUACUGAAUCUGGCUGAGAGGCUAGGAGAGGCCAAGCCACGGGGACUCACCAAAGCAGACAUUGAGCACCUUCCAUCCUACCGCUUCAACCCAGAGAGCCAUCAGUCAGAGCAAACCUUGUGUGUUGUGUGCUUCAGUGACUUUGAAGUAAGGCAGCUGCUGCGAGUUCUGCCCUGCAACCACGAGUUCCAUGCUAAGUGCAUUGACAAAUGGUUAAAGGCAAACCGCACGUGCCCCAUCUGCCGAGCAGAUGCCUCAGAAGUGCACCGGGAGGCCGAGUGAGGCGCGUCAACACACUGCUGCACAAAUUCACUCCAGGAUACGGACCUUGGACCAGGGGCUUGGGUCAGCCUGUACGCUCAGCCUCUGGGGCCUCUCCUGGGAUGUGGUGAGAAUAUAAGCAAUGUAUGACACCCCCUCCCCCUCACCCCAUGGCAUGGACUGGGCCUGGUGGUAGAGCCAGCUCCGCGGUGUCAUGCUUUGUAGGGGGAGGUGUCCCCAUGUGCUCCGCACUCCAAAGACUCUCCAUCCUUUGCGCCAUUAUUCUCCAGGUGUUUGCAUUCCUUUUUGGUUUUUGGUUUUCCUUUCCUGUUUAGUUUUAGUUCUGUGGAUGUCUGACCCGAUUUUAGUCUGAACGCAUCCUCUUCUGGCAGUGCCAGAUUGGGGCCUUGAAUGCAGAGCAGCUCAAAGGGUGGAGGAAAUGCCUGCUUCAGUCGUCCCGCCAGCCACUUGCCCAGAGCACAGUGUUGUAUGGCAGGCAGUAGCAGCGGGGAGCGGAGGGGGCUGGUUGGUUGCGACACUGAUAUGAGCAGCCUGCGGCUUUGCCAGAAACAGCCGUGGCUGCCCCCACACCGAUCAUGCGCCAGAGCCACCUUCUGGGAUGUCCUAUACACCCACUCACACCGUAGCCCCCCUGGCUUCUCAUGCCCCCACCCCCCGUGCUUGCCUGAGAUGCUGAAUGGAGUUCAGGGCUGUUCUCACAACUGGCUGCGGGAUGGAGGGGAAAACAGGCCUGAACCAGGACCCAGACAUCUCUCACCCCACCCUCCUUCUGGUUGCUGUGAGGCGAUUAUGGGGGAAAGACCCAUUUUUUCCUCAGAAGAGGAGGGGAGAAAUGUGUAAGCCAGAAUCCCUGUGACAGGCACCUAAUCCGAUGGAGCCUGUGUCUUGGGACUGAGAAUCAUGUUACAGAGGACGCCUCUUCGUCUUCCCUUCCCUUUGCACACCCCCACCCAAGUCACUUUUUUUGCUAAUACAUUUGGGUUGCCUACCCAUUGCCAUGAACCCUCCUCCCCUGGAAAAAAAAUAAAAUCAAGUUUGAACCACUGGCUUUAUUCCCAGGAGGAGGGUGCCUGGGUUUUGGUUUUUGUUUCCUUUCUCGCUCCCUGUUUUCCUCCUGCACAGGAGGGGGAGAUGCUCAACAGACUGAAGCAGAAGCCUUCAACCCUCCCGUUACAAUUCCCACCCACUCCUCUGUACCAAGCCCAGGCUAAGCCCCUGAAAGCUGUUGGCCAGCUGUGGGGCUCUGCACUGCAGCAUCCCGGGCAGAGAGCAGAUGGGGAAUUAUUUAUUAAUCUUGUUGCCUACCCUUGCACUAGCUAUCAUGGAGAAAGCCCAUCUGGUGAUCCCUCCUCCCUCCAAGAUGCUGUAUGCAACAAUGCAUCGGCUUUCUUUCCUUUUGGAUAAGACCAGGCAGGCAUUUUCGCCCCCUUCUUGCCUGCCUGCCGUUCUUAUUCUGCCCCUCCCUGCUCUCCCCCCCCCCCAAUCAAGUUUGGCCCUACUACUGCUACUGCCAUCCCAGUGGGGUUUUCUGCAUGGCCUGAUGCUUGUGCUCUGGGUCAGGUACCUUGGGUGUGUUUUGCCAUGACAAGCAUACACUUAAGUUGUGUGCCUUCCUGUGUCUGCACACAUACACUAUCCUACCUAAAACACCUGCUGGUUUGAAGCAAGAAAGCAACCAACCUGCCACCCUGUUACAGAAACCUGUUAUCGUUAAAAUAAAAGUUGUUUUGCAUGAUUAUGCCGUGGAGCAAGAGAGAAGCCCUCGCCGUGUAGUUGGUUUGUGUUCUGAAGCCUGGCGGAAGACUCGGAGAGGACGACAAAACCUAAUGUAAAUGUUCACAAAUUAUGCAUGCCUGUUAUGACCAGCUUGGAACUUGGUAUUGGCUAACUCUCUAGCCAGCUGUGGGGUGAUGGGGUGGGUGGGGAAGAGGGAGUUCUUUGUGCUCAGCUGAUUACUGCCAUGCACUGUACUGCACAUGUCCGCAACGCCUCACAAGGACCGUUAACGCUUUUCGGGGCAUUUCUCUUUCCCCUCCCUCCCCUCCAAAUUAGAAAUUGAUUUGAAACCUGGUUGGGCCUGGAGGAGGAGGCCGUGUGGUCUUUUGCUGGACGUAGCCUGAGGUCAGCUCACAAGGUUCCAGAUCGGUCAGGGCUCCUGCGCGGUUCAUGGCUGUUGUGGAAGGAGGAGUUGGGCAGGUGCAGCUUCUCCGCCACGGUGCUGCAGAGGUGGGAGAAGCUACCCCUGCCGACCGACUCCUUUCCCCCACACCCCUCUCUGCAGCUGCUACCACCAUGGGAGAGUCGUCUGGCAUUGACCAGUGACCCCUAGGCAGCAAGUCUGGCCGCGUCACGCUCGGUCAGAAUUUCAUCUCCAGCAUCCACCCGGUGGAGCUGUGUUUGCCUUCUGCGUCUUCUGCUGCCCACCUCAGAGGCACUUUUCGUUCCAUUGGUAUUCUCAGUCUGGCUUUUGAAGUGGGUAGCGGCAGAUGAGAGAGAGCCCAAGACAGGGCCGGGAUUUCCCUGCUUAUUCAGCAGCAGCAGCAGCAAGAGCCAUUCUCAGGCCUGUCUAGAUCAGUGGGGCACCUUCCUCUUGCUCCUUCACUUAACUGCUCUAGAAUAAGUAGGUCAAAUUCAUUUGUGACUUGCUGGCUCCCAAGCAGCUGUGUCUGACUGUUCUGGGACAAAGGACCACAUGACUACAAAAAGGCACUAAGGAAUGGAGCGGGUGUGUGUGUGUGCCCCAUUCAUCUGAUUGGGCUGGAGCAGCCCAGAAGUGGGACUUGCAAGGGAAACUUGCCUUCCAACUCAGCUCUUUUCUGGGGGUGGGGGGUGUUCUGAGCUGGGAUGGUGGCUGGGGGGGAGAAAGAGCAGAGCCUCUUGUAAAUCCGUGGGCAGGCGCAGGGUAGUUGGUGGUUUUCGGAGCACACCGGCUCUCAGCAAUACUUACCUCUAAAGCAGGGGGAAGUCUCAAGCAUGGCUGGGGUUGCCAGGCCUUUUGCCACCAGUGCUCCCAGCCAUAUGCGGCAGAGACGAGAAGCUAUUUUCACCCGCCGGUUGCUGUGAUUCUUGACCCAUUUGGGGAUUUGGAAGUCCUCCGCACGCUAGGAUGGGUGGGUCUGGGAACAGUCUUUGGCCUCUUCAGUCAUAGUCCAGGAUAAAAUUGGACUUCAGACCCUCAGCGUAUGCAGUUGGAUUAGUCAGGGACACAAUUGGCCAGGUAGGUAGGGACUCUCAAGGUUGGUUGCACUAGAACUGACUAGCAGUCUCUGUUUGACAGAAGCAGCUGGCCUGCUGCAUGAUCAGGAAAUUAGAAACCAACCUCUUGAACUCUGGGCAGGCCCCAGCAUUUUUCCUUUAAGAAAAAAAAAAUCAAUGACAUGAAUUUAUGUUAAGUUAGUGUUUUUAAGGGUUUUCUCCCUCUCCCCUUUGUGUAUUGGCUGAUGCAGAUUAUGGUGCAGUCAAUCAAUAUGGUGGACAAGGUCAAAUAAUUAGCCUCUUCCUUCCCACCCCAUUUCUCAGAGGGUUAGGAUAGCUGCAGUUCGACACCUAAGCCAGGUCCUGGCCCAUGCGCUUAUGCGCCCGCGCGCACGCACACACACAGGAAUGGGCCGCUUGCCAUAGUAAAACUGCACAGAUACCAGCAUCUCCUUCUUUCCAGUCCUUCUGUGACCAGUUGAUUCUCCUCUCCCUCUCACAUGUCAAGCCAGUGCCUUGUGUCAGACCCACCUCCUCCCUUGGCCUUUCCCCUUGUUUCACAGCUUUUCAAGAAGAAAAAAAAACACCCAACCCAACACAAAAGCAAAACCUUAUUCCACAAAUGACACAAAUAACCAAAGGUCUUUACUGUAUAUAUAUAUUAAAAAAAUAUAUAAACCACCGGAGGUGUUUCUAUAUUUAUAGCCAAUCAGAAUCGUGCCGGCGCCCAUCCGUUUCCAGUGCUCUCUUCUCCUUCCCCCGCCAUCUUUUCAGAAAAGGUCAUUUGCGGGUGGGGAGGGUAGAAAAGCCUUACGGUUCUUCUGAUGGUGACUCGAAAGCUCACAGCUCGUGUGCUGCAGAAUUUAUUCCAAUGAGCAGCUAAAAUUAUUAUCAUUAAAACAAAACUUUAAAAAAAAAACACAAAAAAAAUUACUAAAACAUUUAUUUAGGAUGUUUGUGAUUGCUGAUUGCGCUGUAGAUGCCACUGUUUACCAAUGAUUUCCUGUGGUGGGAUAGUGGACUGUUUACUGUUCUUUUAUACCAGUCCCGUGCCCUCCAGAGGGAUAGCUCAGCUUCACCCUACAAGGAGAGGAGCCUCCCUGUAGGGCACCAGGGCAUUUGUUCUGUGUUAGAAAGUUUAUAUAUAUAUAUUAUAUAUAUAUUAUAAAUAUAUAUAUAUAAUUUUUUUUUGCUCUGUUACUUGCACAUUUACAGUUACCUCAUUUUUCCCAUGUAUGUAUUUGAAAAAAGGCUAAUAUAUAGAGAAGAAAAAAAAGGUUCUUAAAUCUCUAAAAAAAGUGUUUGUUUUUCCAUUCCAUUGGAAUCAUAUUGGUUUGUAGCAUUUAACAUAACUAGUAUGUUGUAUUAUAUAUAUGUGUAUUAUACUGAUUGAAAUUUUUAACAGAUUUGUACUUUUUUUAAAAUGAAAGUUGCUAGUUCUGCUUGACCAAGUAGUGCAAUCAUUAUUUUUUUUAAUGUUGUGGCUGAUUUUGAGAGGGAUAUUCACUAAUAAAUGUAUGAUGUAUACCAA